CUAAGACUCGGACGGCAUCUGGAGGACGACGACUUUGUGCCUGAACUGGCUCACAUACAUCCCAGAGAGCGACCUGACUGGGAAGAAACCAUCAGUGCCAUGGCAAGAAGCGCCGAGAUCCCCGAGCUGCGAACGGAGCCCCUCAUGCGCUCGUGCAGCAGCAGCACAGCAAGCAUGAAGGUCAAGAAUGUUAAGAAACUUUGCUUUACCAAGGGCCACUUUCCCAAACUGGCAGAAUGUGCUCAUUUUCACUAUGAAAACGUGGACUGUGUUGUCUUCCAGUUGUCUCUCGGCGAUGAACAGAGUGAAGUGACGCGGAACAGCCAUGAGUCCAAGGAGCUCGUAUACUUGGUUCAUAUUUACUGUCAGGGUCGAAGCUGGAUUGUAAAACGUAGCUAUGAGGAUUUCCGUGUCUUGGACAAGCACUUGCACCUGUGCAUAUAUGACCGCCGUUUCUCUCAGCUGCCGGAGCUGCCUAGACUCGACAGUUUGACAGAUCAACCAGAGUCUGUUUCCCAGAUGUUGUUGGGUUACCUCUCCCGGCUUUCGGCCAUUGCUGACAACAAGAUCAACUGUGGGCCUGCGCUCACGUGGAUGGAGGUUGACAAUAAGGGAAAUCAUCUUUUAGUACAUGAAGAGUCAUCCAUCAACGUGCCAGCAAUUGCAGCUGCUCAUGUCAUCAAGCGCUACAUUGCACAGGCUUCGGACGAGCUGUCCUUUGAGGUUGGUGACAUUGUGUCAGUGAUUGACAUGCCUCCCAAAGAAGACACCACCUGGUGGAGGGGAAAGCAUGGCUUUCAGGUUGGCUACUUUCCCAGUGAGUGCGUGGAGCUGAUAAAUGACAAAGUGCCACAGUCGAUGACCAACUCAGUGCCCAAGCCAGCGUCGCCGUGCUCUGGCCUGCCGCCUGCCUCAUGGAGUCUCUUCCCUCCCUAUUUGGAGAUGGAGAGUGUAAUACAGGACAGUGCAUGGGUGGCCGACCCGCUUAACCACUACAGCCUAAGUUCAGUGUCUAAGAAGCAUGGCAAGCUGAUUACCUUCUUGCGCUCCUUCAUGAAGUCCAGACCCACCAAGCAGAAGUUGAAACAGAGAGGCAUCCUCCGGGAGAGGGUGUUUGGCUGCGACCUAGGGGAGCAUCUUCUCAACUCUGGACAUGACGUUCCCCAGGUCCUCAAGAGCUGUACCGAGUUCAUCGAGAAGCACGGUGUGGUGGAUGGCAUCUACCGCCUCUCUGGAAUCGCUUCGAACAUUCAGAAAUUGCGGCACGAGUUUGACUCUGAGCAAAUUCCCGACCUGACCAAGGAUGUUUACAUCCAGGACAUCCACUGUGUUGGCUCGCUGUGCAAGCUCUACUUCAGAGAACUGCCCAACCCCUUGCUUACCUAUCAGCUCUAUGAAAAAUUUUCUGAGGCCGUAUCAGCAGCAACAGAUGAAGAACGACUUAUUAAAAUCCAUGACGUCAUCCAGCAACUUCCUCCUCCACAUUACAGAACUCUAGAGUUUCUCAUGAGACACCUGUCCCGCCUGGCGGCAUUCAGCUACAUCACCAACAUGCACAGUAAAAACCUGGCGAUUGUCUGGGCCCCCAACCUGCUGAGAUCAAAACAGAUUGAAUCGGCAUGCUUCAGUGGCACAGCAGCCUUCAUGGAAGUUAGAAUCCAGUCGGUUGUGGUUGAGUUCAUUCUCAACCAUGUGGAUGUGCUGUUCAGCACCAAACUUAGCUCAUUAAUUCGUGAGGGAGCAGGUCAUAACACAUUGUCACGGCCAAAGUCCCUGCUGGUUUCAUCACCAUCUACUAAACUUCUAAGUUUGGAGGAGGCUCAGGCUAGAACUCAGGCUCAGAUCAACUCUCCAGUUACUGAAGAUAGCAAGUACAUUGAGGUUGGCGAAGGUCCUGCAGCCCUGCAGGGCAAGUUCCACACCGUCAUAGAGUUUCCCACAGAGAGGAAGAGGCCUCCUGUUAAAUCGAAAAAAUCUCCUGUGGGUAGUUGGCGUUCUUUUUUCAACCUUGGCAAGUCUUCCUCCCUGUCCAAGCGAAAGCUGCAACGCAACCCGAGUGAGCCCAAUGAACUAAAGGCAAUGGCUCUCACUGGUGGCAGAGGAGAUACGGCUACGUUGAGAUCAGCUAAAAGUGAAGAGUCACUGAGUUCUCUACAUAACGUUGAAGGAGAAUCAAAAGUGUAUCGUCCAAGGCGGCCACGGUCAAGCAGCGAUGCCCUUUCGACUUCAUUCAAUGCAGAGUUGUUGGACGGUCGACAGCACUGCAACUCUUACGACAACCUAGGAGCCGCAGAGGACAGCGACGGAGACGAUGGGCCCAUCUGUGUACCCGCUCUGAUCUCGCCUCCACGCUCCGCUGGUGAAGAAGUGGACCUCAGCCCCCCAGACAUCGGCAUGGCCUCCUUGGACUUUGACCCCAUGUCUUUCCAGUGCAGCCUCCCUGACGCGGCUUAUGCGUUUCCCCUGGUGGAUCCGCAUGCAGGGGCUGAAGGUUCCACAUUGAAGAGGAGCCCUGGUACACUUUGGGGAAAGACUAACGGAUCAGACCUCAUCUCUUCCUCCUUCCUCGACAACUUGACAUCAUCCUUGUUGUCCACAGAGAAAGUAGAAAGUCAGAAACUCACCACUUCCUAUUCAUACUCUGAUAAACCCACACAAGCUGUGUCGCCCAUUCGGAAUCUAAAGACUGUAACUUCUGUCUCUUCAGAGCUUUUAUCUGUAGAGGUGCCUGACAGGAUUACCAGCGAAGAGGUGGGAGCUCCAGAAAUGUUAUCUCCUCCCAAAGCAGGAAAAGACUCUCCUAUUUCUGUAAAAGCUGAGCCAUCGCUAAUUGAAGCUUUUCAAAUGGAGCUGCACUCCAAACUGGCAACCCUUGACAGUGCUGACUGCGAAGAAUUAAACCGAGAGGACUCUUUUCAACAGGUGUCAAAUGGAACCCAGAACCUUAAAGGAGGAAAACAUGCAGAUCCAGACGCAAAAGAUAUGACCACACAUUCCCUCAGCACUCUCGCUACCGUUUCAGCGCCGCCGCCCCCUGCUCCAAAAGAGGCGGAACGUGUCUUAGCCCUGGUUCUUGCUGAGUCAGCAGAGCAAGUCUCCGUACAGCCCCAGCAAUGGUCUGCCGAGCACCUGACACCAGUGUCCCCUCUGCAGCCGCAUGCUCCCGACAUCCAGGUCUCACCGGGUCCGCUCUUCCAGACUUCCUAUGAGGGGGGAGACAAACAAGGAAGUUCUGUGUCACAAAAUAUCACCGUCUCUUUCGUCACCCCCGUCCCGUGCAUUCCUGCUUUGUCAAGUCUGUCAAAAGAACAGCAGGCGCUUGAGUUGACUAAAAUGAAAACUAGGCCAUCAGACAGUGCCAAGGCCAUAAAAACUCCAGAAAUUGACUCAAUUUCUUCUGGUACACUUGAUAAAAAGGUCUCUCAAAGUACAGUCAACCCAAAUUCUCCUAUCAGGAGUCCAGAAAGUCAGUCCUUUGUUGUACAUGACUUGGUUUCCACCAGCAUUACAGAUACCAAACCACUGGCAUUUGAAAGCAGUGCAGCCUUUCCCGGUAGCAGCAUCAAAGACGCAAGAGGCUCACGACAACAUCCUGUUGAGGUCAAGAACAAGGAAGGCGCAAAGCCCAUUUGUGUUCCAAAAUCCUCAUCAUCGGAGCAGCAGGCUCCAGCAGUCCCAAAAGCCAAAAAACCAGGGCUACCACAAUCCCAACAUCCAACGCAAACUCAACGCCAAUGCCAAGCCCAGAAACUGCGCCCGUCCCACACGCAAAUUCCACCCCAAACUCAGUCACUGUCAAAAACCAGUUCAAUAACUGCACUGACCUCCUCUGAGCAUGUUGAUACCUCUUACCCAGAGUUAGCUAAAAUCAACCCCAAUGGAUCCACACCCCCAGCCCCUCCAAUCCGCACUAUGGAGAGCAAACUAGCCACAGCUGCACUCAGUCAGAGUGAAGCUGCGUAUCAGAGCUUAGGUGAGAAAUCCGCAGCUGGCCAUCUAGAGGAUGUGAUUCCUCACCAUUCUCUUUCUCCUCAUAAACCUUCCACGCAUCUCCACUAUGUUAAAGGUGACGCAGUCCUAUUCGAGCCUUCGGGAGUUGCCUAUUACCACCAGAGGCCCGUUUCAAUGGGUCCGCAGACCAUGCCCCACCACUACAGACAAAACAGCGUCCCCUCACACCUCCCUUACGUGUCUAAGUCUGAACCGCAGAUACCUUACAGUGCCCGACUUGACAAUAAAUACAGCACUUUAGGCCCUAGGUCCUACCACCAUUCUAUCAAGGCAAGAGGAAACACCCGGAGUUUUUACGGGGCUCCGGGACAUCAGGGUUAUAGCCAUGACAGAACCCAGGGCUAUCCCACCAUUCGCAGAGUCCACUCGCUCCACGUUCCUACCACUAUCCGCACAGUACCUAUCCAAAGAACUGAAGUUCCUCCAGACGAUAUGUUCUAUUACCAUCGACCUCUGUAUCCGUGCAAACCCUACCAGCAGCCCCCGCAGCAGUCCUCGCAAGCCGACUAUCACGUCACUCAACUGCAGCCUUACUUUGAGAACGGCCGAGUCCAGUACCGCUACAGUCCGUACUCUGGUUCUAUGCCUCUAGAGGCUCCUUACUACGAUAUCGACCCUUACGGCACCAUCCGCGUACACCAUCUCCACUCGGCCAGUAGAGAUUCAGGUAGCGCGGUAUGCAGACCCAACGGAAAGGCUACAGGGUACCACUACCUCGCUCGCCAUGUUCUCCCACCCGGAAAGGAGCACAGUUUUGUGAGCAGGGACAUGCCGCCGAGUCAUUGCACCAAGGAAGUUCCUUCUUACCUCUCCUGGGACCCCGAGGAGUCGGAAUGUCUACGCAUGCAGUCUAUCCGUAGAGAGAGCAGGGCCAGGCAGAAGAUUAAAGGUCCAGUUCUCUCUCAGUAUGACAAUAUAGGCUCGUUUACACCAGUCGAUAUCCCUGGCUAUGACACUUUGCACUCGCGCAGUAAGUCUGAUCCAGGUAAAGCUUUGCCGGGUGCAACCGAGGGCAAAGACGGUCGCUAUCUACCCAGACACAUGGUCUCCGACCCUAACGUCUUAGUAUGUUUGGAGACGGACAAGCACUCCCAAGCUGGUCAAACAGGAGACAAAUUGGACGGGCUGGCGAAGCAAAGCAGCUCUAAGAAAUGCCAAUCAUCCCAUUCCAUUCCUGCGACUCUGAGCGGACUCUCCCAUCAGCAGGAGAGCAGCCAGCACGAGACUUCAAGUGAAAAGCUUGUCGAAAGCGGCGGCCGGUCCAAACACUGGCAGCCGCCCCACCCGAACAAGAGGAGUUUACAGACACGUUACGAGUGCCCUGACGCCGAAUACCGAGGUAAAGCUAAAACGACUGACACUCAUCACGGUCCAGAAGAUCAGCCGUCCGCUCUCAAGGAGCAGCUCGCCCACUGCAAACCCGAACGAUCGCACAGUAUGCGCGAGCAACAUCUCUAUAGCCACGUCAAGGAUGAACCGGACGGAGACUACUUGUAUCACAAACACGGCAGCAAACCCGCGCAAUCCCACUACGACAACUUGGACGAUUACCACCCAGUACCUCAACCCCAGGGCUCUGUUCCAAAACGCAGUGGCUGUAGUCCCUACCCGGUCCCGGGAUUUGCGCACAACAGAGCGUACUCCACAGCGUUAGGCCAGGGAGCCUUCCUCCAGACUGACCUGGGUAUCCAGAGGCCAGAAACGGAGAUAUGUACGGAAUAA